GAAUUGUUAUGAAAUUUGGAGUUAGCUUCGCUACGCGAUCUGUUCCGAGAACAACCAAAGUUUCUGUUUUUGUUACAGUGUUCAACUACGCAUGUAGUACGAAGAAAAGAAUACCCUAUAAGAGUCUAUAAAACAAAUUAUCUGUUUGAGUCCAUCUUCACUACGAGUGUUGAUCUCUGUAUUUGUGUGUGGUUUGUUGAGAGCAAUCAAAUUUUUUGUCUUAUACGAAUUAAUACUUUUAUUUUUUCUUCCAAGAACGGACCUUAGAACCAAGCUAUGUGAAUCCAAUUCACCAUAAGUUCCAUGAAGAAAGAAGGAAGAAUGGUAUGUCCAACCGAAACAGUGAUCCCAAAUGGUAUUUUCCCCAUCAUAAUCCUUGUUUUUGUCUGUUACCACAAGGCAUUCUAGCAACGUAUUCAUACUUUUGGCUCACCUGAAUUCUUCUUGAUUUCUUUUAUUUUGACAGGAUUUGCAUGCAUGUAAUUAAUUAAGUUCUCCGCAUAAAGAGAGUAGCUCCUUGUUGUAAUUAAUUCAUUGAUCAUGGCGCAUCAUGCCUAUACGCUUACCUUGUCGUCGCAGGUGAGCUAACUCCUAUCCUAUCCUAAUUCAUUGAGUCGGACCGUAGAAGGUAUUGUUGACAGUCUGUAGUGUAGUUUUAGUCUUUUUUUGAGAAUACAUUAUAAGUGAGCACGACUUGGAAGAAGAUGUUAUUCAGCGCAGCGUCAGCGUCAGGCAUGGCAUCCGACGGACCGGCUGUAGAGGUAGGGGCUCAGGCUCGUCGGGGUAUCGUCAAGGCUGCUGCUCCCAGGUCGAACAAGCACAACAUGAAACACCUUACCCGAAGGUUCGACGAGGACGAUAGAAGUAGCGUUCUUGCGCUGUUACCUGUAGUGGUUUCUCAGAUCGAGUCUAUCGCACGACUAAGGCUUGAGACGAUUGGAGCCUUGCUCAUCCUUUUACCGAUUACGCUCUUCUUGGUCCAGAAUCCGAUGUUCGUCGUGGUGCUGCUUGGCGUGUCUUUAUUCGUGCUGAAAGCGCUCUCGCUAGUGCAAGAGCGGGGUCUUUUGUCACUCGUGAUGCCCGUGCAACAGGUGGCACAGUUGGCGGUGAGUGACACGGCAAAACAAAGUGUGUACGACAUGGUGGUUACUACCUCGCUCGAAAGGUUGCAGAUGGCCAAGAAGCUCAUGCGAGUAGGGCUCCUAGUGUCGAACCAAAACAUGACAAGAGAAGAAAUCAACUACAUCGUGCAGGUACUAUUUUUAGAUUGGAAAUAUUUGGAUUUGUUAUGCUUGGUCGUGCAAUCGUACUAGAAGUCUGACAUAAUUACAGAACAACGACCACACUUAAGCUUAACGUUCCUUCCUCCAACCUCUCACAUCACAGAACGACCAAGAAUACUUGGAUUUGUUCCGGAAGAUUGUGGGAAAACCGCUGGUGCAUUACCUCCCCCUCAAUUGGCGACGGUUGCUCUUUGGGACGCAAAUAUUGGAGGACGAACGAGACUUCCUGAUCGAGCAGGACGAAAACUUUAAGCAGCAAGCGAUAGCGGAUGCUGAGGAUGACGGGAUGAUAGACCCAUUUGGCGGAUCCACCUAUGACGAGUCUUUAUCAGAGGAAGAGGAGGAAGAAGAUGAGGAAGACGAAGAUCCCCUGGACUUCGAUGUGCUAGGCGAUCCUAGGGCAUCAGAUACAUCUGGAGGUGAACUCUUGCUAGAAGAAUUGCUAGAAGAGGAACUUCAGGCCUCAUCCAGUACCAGUCCAGCAGCAGUAACGAAGAGGAUACGUCGUGGAGGUCAAGAAGUAGAUAGAAAUGUAAUUUCAACAUCAUCUUCCCAGCGUGCUCCCUCUACUCUCGUAGCUGGCUUGGGAGGCUAUCAAGGUGACACUGGGAGCGGAGGUGCUACCUCAUCCUCAAUGUUGGAUUCUACUGUUGCGGGUAAUACUACUGCAGGAGUCGGGACCUCAAGUACAAGUUCAGGUCUGAGAAGAAGGAAACUAUCGGGGGCACCGAAUCCAAGUAAAGGAAGUACAGCUUCUCCUCACGUACAUUUCGGAGGUGCCUCGUAUCGCUCUGGUACGUCUACCUCGAUGCUGAGUAGUGCUACUGGAUUUGCUGAUUCAUCUUCUCCCUCAAGUCGCAUAGUGCUCAGUAGUGCAGCUGGAGGACGACAUACGACGAGCAAGAGGACGCGCGUAGUCUCCUCGUUCGGAUCGACAGCUCUGAACAGCAUGGUCGGCGGCGUGGAUUUGGGCGGCUACUGCAAGGAAGAGGGUGUUUCGGACAGUUUUGAUUUUGGCGACGAUGACCACUCGGGUUUGCCUGACGUGGUGGCUCGCGCAGUGAGCGCCGCAGUAGGGUUCUACACCAGCAGCUUUAUGUCAUCCGAGUUUUUCACUACCAGGGAGUGGGAGAGGAAUUUCCGCUUGGAGGAUCACAUGAAUUUUCAGCUGCACGCUGACCGGGACGCACUAGAACUGAGUCCGAGACGGGACCGGGAUAGUACUAUGCAUUCAAUUAAUAUAGAUGUUGGAGGAGGACUUUCAGACGAAGGAGUAGGUGUAGGAGGAGGCUCGUCUUCUUCAGGUACUAGAGAGCAUCUUCAGGACCAGCAGAGAGGCGCAACGUCAUCGAGACGAACGGGAGUUUUUACAAGGUCACGAAGUAACGACUUCUUAGAUGGCAGGGACACCAGACAAACCACUGGUUCAGCACUCUUACCUUCCAGUAAUUACGCACGGGAUGGGGGAGCAGCGGCGCGGUCGGCGUCCAAUGACGCAGUGACGAGGCCACGUCGGCGCAAGUUCUCUCGAGGAGGGGCCACUACUCCUCCAAUUGUAGGUAGUCCUCGUAAUAGUGCUAUUACGUCGAAGUCGACGACGGAGCAGGGAGUUCGAGGACAAGUCGGAGGCACCACGGAUAACGCGGAAGGGGCGAUGAGCCGGUCUUCGCCACUCUCUGUCUAUAGAAAUAAACAUCUUUCAGUCAUUCGAGAAGAAUCCAUGAAUAGCAGUAGGAGUGAGCACUCAAGUACUGGGACACGAUUUGUUUCAUCCUCUACAACGACUGCUGAUGCUCCUCAAGCUCAAGGCCUAGGGCGUGUGACUCCAACACCUGUUGCACAGCAAGGAUUAGAGGCGGCGGUGAGUGGCAAGCAAGAAGGAAAAGAAGACAGUGCAGAGCUGGACUCUACGGGGUCGACGUCUCCCGGCACAUCUGCGGAUGGUGUAGAGCAUGAAGACGAUUCCACUGCGCGCGACGAAGACGAGCUCAUAGACGUUGAGGAGGAAGACGAAAUGGUAGGUGGUGACAAAAUUGGUGAAGAUGGAGCUAUAAGAACAUCGCGAGGAAAUGGAUCAAGAACGAAAGGAAGGGUAAAUCAUGCAUCUACUAGAAAGAUGGAUAAUAUUAAUGGCUUAGGAACAGAAGAUGGACAACUGCUUGCUCAUCAAGGACUAGAACAUCUUGGUGGAGGAGACUCAAGCUCAAAUGGUGCGACAACUACAGGGGCAACUAGAGUUGUGAAGAGUGUAGUGACGAAUGUGAGGUCACGCAUGCGUGCGACCUUAGGUCGAGGCUUCUCGAGAAUCGCAGACCGACUGCCGUCAGCAGUCACUACACCCGUCGCAGGACUUGUUCGUGGGCUCAUGUCCUCUUCCGGCAGGCCUUCUUCUUCGCUAUUUCCUACUUUUGCUGGUGGCGUACGCGGUGGUGCUGGUGGAUUAGGUAGUAGCAGGUACAAUUAUAACAACAUGAGUAACAACAUGAGUCAUAGGGCUCCUGGAUCGCCAGUGCGGUUUGUGUUUAGUUCUAUUCUGGAGAACACGCCAUUGCCGAUUUCGGAUGCUGAGCGACGAAAGGCAGUACAGAUCGGAGCGAAGUUCUUGCAGAAGAGGAUAAGGGAAGUGGAAGACGUCAAAUCUUUAGUACAUCGGAAGCAAGCGGAGGCACUAGCGCGCAAUAAUGCCACGAGAGGGCUGCUGAAUGCGAAUUUCGAUCCUAGUGUCUUCUUCUGGAUGCGGAUGCGCACCUUUUACCGCAGACACCUAGAACAGCACGUCUUCUCUGGUCUGCAACUUUUGGCGGGCUGUGGCGUUCUGGUCGCUUUGAAGGGCAUGGUGGAGGAGAAGGCUAGAGAGUCUCCGGCACUGUUGCGAACACGCGCGGCCUUUGCGGCAACCUGUGACUACCUGGCGCCCUCACGAGCGACCUUGUAUGGCUAUGCCGGAGUCAGCUGUGGCUACAUCAUUUACCGGCUGCAACAAAAACUGAACGAAACAAAGAGCCGAUCGAGGAUAGACUGACGAGGACAUGUGUUGCUUUCCAGUCUAUGGCUUCGUCCAAUAAAGACAACUACAACAAUAUCCUCUUGGCGCCCGCAAGACUGAAGACUCAGCUUCGAGGCCUGUGUCGCGAUUUAGAAAAAGAGACAACUUCAAGCUUCUUUUCGCUGACUCGGCUCUUUUGUGAAGAUAUCACUUCUCGCAAUCGGAGGCUUGCCCUCGAGGACAUUUCUAAACGACCGCCUCUACAACCACUCACAACAUCCUCGAAGGGACGCCUCUUCAGAUGCACGCAGUACUAAGUACCGAGCGCGUACCUCUCGGCUUCGCCAAGUGUGAACUUUUUGUCGGCUUUGUUCUUUCUGGAGUCACUGGAAGCUUGUACUCGAAGAAGAUGAAGUAAACUGCCUAGUGCUUUAAAUCAUAUGGUAGGAUUCAUCGCCUGAGCCCUGCAUCCUUUUUAGUGCGACAUAGAGUAAGUUCUUAGAGGGGCAGUCGCCGCAUGCAGGCAGAAUCUUCAUCAGACACUCGUCGCACAGUCGCAUUGAUGAUCUUGUUAUACUACACUGGUUCACCUGGACCGUACGGUUCUGGACCAGUCGUUCGACACUCUAAAAGAUUUUAUUGUCUUUCGCCUUACAUCAGAAGAGGUUGAUUUAAUCAUAAAUUUUAAUUUUCUUUAUAAUAAGCUAACCUUACUAAUAAGACGCUGAAAAGUUUACUCGAUCCCCAUGUCCCUUUCCACCCACCGCCCUAGGUAUUUCUUGCCAUCUAUUUCUAUUUUCCUUUCAAAUUAGUCAAAGAAAACCAGCAUUGAGAUCUUCGAUGCAGGUCGCGGAGGUUUUUCCUUUGCAU